AGUUAACGAGCUCCAGUAGGUGGCAGUAGCGCUGCAUCACGGAUGCGAGCUGCUGUUAAAAUCCGAAGAAGAAGAAGAAGAAGAAGAGCUAGCAGAACGAAGAGACUUUUCCUCAGAGUUGAUGUUUGAGUCUAGUCUGCGAUGAGCGAUAGAUUUGUAAAACCAGGUAAUCAGGAGCACGGGUGGAACGACCCGCCGCAGUUUUCAUACGGCUUGCAGAAGGAUUCAGGGGGACCAAAGCGAAAUGUUCUCAAUAAGAGGGUUCACGCACCACAGUUCACAGGCUCUGGAUCAGAGAUGCCAUCCCCAGCAGUGGCGAUGCCAACGCCGCCCCGGGGAAUGAACCCUCCUCCGAUGGACAGCAGCACCCCGCCCUCCGUCUGUCCCAAAACUCCCUCCGACGGACAGAUGGAGGCAGAGCUGGAGACAGAGCCGUCCUUUGAGGAUGUGCAAGAACCACUUUAUGGAGCGCUGAACGCAUGCAGACAUACUGUAAAGAAACAGAUUUGUGAUGAUGUGGAAAGACGUCUGAAGCUUUUCGAGGACAUGUGGAAAAGUGGAAAACUUUCUCCUUUGGUUAAACGUAGGAUGCAUAGAUUGUCCCAAGACCUGAAUAGAAAAAACUGGGAUGCAGCGGAUGAGAUCCACAGAUGCCUGAUGGUGGACCACGUUGCUGAAGUCAGUCAGUGGAUGGUUGGAGUCAAGCGUCUCAUCGCUGAAGCUCGGAGCCUGAACCCAGAACAAAACACCUGCACUGAUCCAGGCUCAUGAGGAUCUGCGAUGUCCUUUCCUUUCGAAACCCACGCUGCAUUAUAGAAGCUGCCAAAGUGAUUGGAGUUCCACUUGUGUAUUAUCCUUCUUUAAAAAUGUGCUCAUUCCCAUCUACAUCAUCUAAUAUUACUUUUUUUCUAGAUUGGUGCUGGGCAAAAGUCUUCAUUUAUUAUUCAACAACAAUUGAAAAUAAUGUAGGUAUGAAGUGUUACUACUGUAUAUAAAAAUUCUGCUUUUAAAAGGGGUGAUUAUGAAUUAUUUUAGCCAGUUGCACAGAUUAUAUAUAUAUAUAUUAUCUGGUAUUAUCUAAUUGGCUGUCCUGGCAUGUUAUCUUGAAAAAGCUUUCCAUUGUGAUGUGCAAUAAAAUAGGCAAAAAAAAAUCUAACUGUUGUAGCCAGUAUCACAUUAUCCAUAGCUCAAAACAACAAAGGUAAAAGCAUUUUUGAUGUUAAUGCAUUCCUGACAUGUGUAAUAACAUUUAAGCCACCACAAUUAAAAAUUGUAAUUAUUGGUAUAUAUGGUAACACUUUAGUAUAGGGUCCAAUUCACACUAAUAACUAGUUGCUUAUUAGCAUGUGUAUUAUUAACAUAUUGGCUGUUUAUUAUUGCUUAUAAAGUACAUAUAAUGCAUAACAUCCAUAAUCCUAUCCAAUACCAUAAACUUAACAACUACCUUAUAAACUAUUAAUAAGCAGCAAAUAAGGAGUUAAUUGAGGCAAAAGUCAUAGUUAAUGGUUAGUUAAUAGUGAGAAUUGGACCCUAAAAUAAAGUGUGACCAUAUAUGUAAAUAACACUAAUACAGUUCUAUUAAAAAGUGAUUUUAGACCAAGUUAUUAAGAUAAGCAAAGUUCCUAACACUUGUCUUCCUUGAGACACCAAAGAACCCAUAGCACUUAGGAAAGAGGAGGUUUGUCACAUAGAUCUCAAUCUGACUACUACUAUCAAAUUUAAGACGGUCCAAAUUAAUUAUGGUAUAAGUUUAGGCAGAUGUGCUUCAUUUCAUUGGGUUCCAUAGGGUGUCAGACUUCAGUCCAGGGGGGAAAAGAAGAUGAAAUGUAGCAAUUUGCAGAAAAUUAUUGGGGCUUGAGCAUAAUUGGGUACAUUUUGCAACACAUUGAGCAUUAUACGGACAGUAUGCACCAAUAUGAGACAAUGCAUGCUACAUUCCAGGGCAGUAGGCAAUGGACUGGAGAUAUAGCCCCACCCCUUAACCUACUGUCACUAUGACAUCAGCCAAUCAGGUUUCACGGUCUAAAAACACCCUGAUCUCGUUACUCCCAUUACUUUUCUGCAGAGACCUAUACUUGGUUUGGAAACAGCGUUUUCUUGUCUCCUCAGACACGCACCUUAAACCUAUAAAUGAUGAUUUGUGUUACAGGUGUUACAGUCUUUUGAAAAUAUUAGGCACCCCACAUCAUUGUAUACUGCAUGUUUAUUCAUUUAUUCAUAAGAAUGUUUUUCAACAACAGGAAACACAUUUCAUCUAGUGGAAAUAUUGUGUUCUACACCCAAACAAAAUCUUACUGAAAGCUAACUUUUCAUGAUAUCAACCCUAAAUUUGGAACACAGCUAACUUAAAUUUUGGAUUUGAUUGUCACGUGAUUUUAGACUAAAACAUGUUUUGGAAAAUAUGUUUAACAUUAAAACAUUUAAAAUUGAA